ACAGUUUAGGUCCUGAUUUCACAGGUCAUCAUAUUGUAACUGGCGCUCUUAUUGUGAAGGAGUGAGAGCGGAAGUGCUGCAGUUGUCUCUGAAGCAGAGAAAUCCAAAGUGUGUCGGUUUGUGUGUGUCGCAGCCAGAAGCCGUUAAAUGUCCGUUAGUGCCGUUCCAGUGAUGUUAAAGUGAUGUUUAAUGUUGAGGUGACUUCAACAACUAUGAAGCUUCUUCCUGUCGUGUGUCUGUGUGUCGUGACUCGGUGUGGAAUGACGUCAGCUGAUGGAAACGGUCCAGCAGUCGUCACAGUGGAACAAGACAGAGAUGUUCUUUUACCCUGUUCCCUCAGCACCAAGGAGAACAUUGAGUCAAAACUGUUUGACUGGAAGAAAGCUGCUCAGAAAGAUGGAAAAAACAAGGAGGUGUUCUUUUAUGAUGCAGGCAUCCAUUACAACAACAGGCGAGCAGGUCAGAGUGAGGAGUUCAAAGGUCGAGUCUUUCAUUUUCCUGAAGAACUGAAACACGGCAACGCCUCCAUCAUCAUCAGAAAUACAAAGAUGGCCGACAGUGGAGACUACACCUGUGUUUUUCCACGUCUUCAGCCACGUCAAACGUUCCACAUUAAGCUUGUUGUUGAUGGUGUCUUAACCUCUUGAGGGUCAUUUUGAUUAUGUGCAUUUGUGUCUCUUAAUACCUUCACAUGUUAAACUGUAUAAUACCAGGACCAUGAGGAGCUGAUACAUGUAAAUUACAUCACUGUAAAACAAACACUCAGUAGGUUUCAUCAGGUGUGUUGAUCUCACUUCAGACUCUGACAGAGUUCAAUAUGUAAAAUAUUAAAUAUAAAAUAAUAGAAGUUUUCUUGUUUUUUACCCUUUAACUUCAUAUUUUAAAUACAGUAAAUCAGUCCUAAUAAGAGCCAUCAGGUUGAAAUUCACAGGAUCUGUCCCUCAACUUGUCUGUAAUGUGUGUACCAAAUUUGAGGUUGAUUGACACAAGUGUGUGUGAGAUAUUUUAGAAAGUGCAGUACAGAGCAUCUCCAGCAGAGGACUCCAGAGCUCUGUAAAACUUUUUCAAAGUUAGCAAAUGAUGAAAAUAAAUCUCUUUAUGAUUCUGAAAAAAUGUCCCUAAGUGUUAAAUGUGACUAUAAAAAGAUGUUUUUAAUAUUUAAAUAAAGAUGUACAUAUUUAUUA